CUUUCUUCCCCUUUUUCUAAUGUCCUCCAUUCGUCAACGAACUGCAUUUCGUCCCUGCAUUGACUUACAUUCAGGUCAGGUUAAGCAGAUCGUCGGUGGCUCACUGAACGACAAGGACGAAUCACUGCUUAAAACUAACUUUGUCUCAAGCAAACCGCCAAGCUACUAUGCCAAACUUUACAGAGACAACUGUUUGGCUGGAGCUCAUGUUAUCAAGCUAGGUCCAGGCAACGAUGAGGCAGCGAAGGAAUGCCUUCGUACAUGGCCUGAUGGCCUUCAAAUUGGUGGCGGCAUCACCUUAGAAAAUGCUCAAACAUGGAUUGAUGCUGGGGCGGCAAAGGUUAUUGUUACAUCCUAUCUCUUUCCUGAUGCCAAAUUUUCUUUAGAGAGACUGAAAGCAUUGUCCAAUGCUAUUGGCGUAAAAAGACUCGUAGUUGACGUGAGUUGUCGGAAACGCGGCUCUGAGUGGGUUGUGGCCAUGGACAAAUGGCAAACUAUGACUGAUAUGAAGGUCAGCAAGGAGUUUUUAGAUAUUCUUGCAGAUUAUUGUUCCGAAUUUCUGGUCCAUGCAGCCGAUGUUGAAGGUCUUUGCAAAGGGAUCGAUGAGGAACUAGUCAGAGUUCUUGGUGAAUGGACAAGGAUCCCGACGACAUAUGCAGGCGGUGGAAAUUCGCUCAGUGACCUUGAACUUGUUAAUCAACUCUCGCAUGGAAAGGUUGAUCUUACAUUCGGUAGCGCUCUGGAUAUAUUUGGCGGUAAAACUGUCAAAUUUGAAGAAUGUGUGGCAUGGAACAACCAGAAUGCGAAUAUCUUGUAGAAUGUGUCAUAAAUUAAUUUGAUCCCUCAGGAUCUUGUGGCUUGUUAAUAAAGAUAAAU